AUAGGCUGCGCCGUGCUCUCGUCCUCCGUCACUUCCGGCCGGGAGGUAGCGGUUGAGGCGGCUCUGCAGAGCUGGUCUGCCGUUCCCGGGCCCCGGGGUAGGCGGCCGCCAUGAACUUCUCUGAGGUGUUCAAGCUUUCCAGCCUGCUCUGCAAGUUCUCCCCGGACGGCAAAUACCUGGCUUCCUGUGUGCAGUACCGGUUAGUGGUCCGGGACGUGAACACCCUCCAGGUCCUCCAGCUGUACACGUGCCUGGACCAGAUCCAGCACGCCGAGUGGUCGGCGGACUCCCGGUUCAUCCUGUGCGCCAUGUACAAGCGGGGGCUGGUGCAGGUGUGGUCCUUGGAGCAGCCGGAAUGGCACUGCAGAAUUGACGAGGGCUCGGCCGGGCUGGUGGCCUCGUGCUGGAGCCCGGACGGCCGCCACAUCCUCAACACCACCGAGUUCCAUCUGCGGAUAACUGUCUGGUCCUUGUGCACAAAGUCUGUGUCUUACAUCAAGUACCCGAAAGCCUGUCAGCAGGGGAUCUCCUUCACCCGGGACGGCCGCUACCUGGCGCUGGCUGAGCGGCGGGACUGCAAGGACCACGUGAGCAUCUUCGUCUGCAGCGACUGGCAGCUGCUGCGGCACUUUGAUACGGAGACCCAGGACCUCGCAGGGAUUGAGUGGGCCCCAAACGGCUGUGUGCUGGCGGUGUGGGACACCUGUCUGGAGUACAAGGUCCUGCUCUACUCCUUGGACGGCCGGCUCCUGUCUGCCUACUGUGCCUACGAGUGGUCCCUGGGCGUCAAGUCGGUGGCCUGGAGCCCCAGCAGCCAGUUCCUGGCGGUGGGAAGCUACGAUGGGAAGGUGCGCAUUCUUAAUCACGUGACUUGGAAAAUGAUCACAGAGUUUGGGCAUCCAGCAACUGUUACUAAUCCCAAAAUAGUGGUGUAUAAGGAAGCCGAGAAGAACCCGCGGCUGGCGCUGGGCCGCCUGGCCUUUCCCCCGCCCAGGGCAGCGGCCGGCACGGCCUCCAGCACGGAGAGCAAAUACGAGAUCGCCUCGGUGCCAGUUUCCUUACAGACUCUGAAGCCCGUUGCUGACCGAGCAAACCCGAAAGUCGGCAUAGGAGCGUUGGCCUUUAGUCCGGACAACUACUUCCUGGCGACAAGGAAUGACAGCGUCCCGAACGCCGUCUGGAUCUGGGACAUACAGAAGCUGAAACUCUUCGUGGUGCUUGAGCAGCUGUCCCCGGUGCGCUCCUUCCAGUGGGACCCACAGCAGCCCCGGCUGGCCAUCUGCACGGGCGGCAACAAGGUGUACCUGUGGUCGCCAGCGGGCUGUGUGUCGGUGCAGGUGCCCGGGGAAGGUGACUUUCAGGUGCUUUCUCUGUGCUGGCAUUUCAGCGGGGACUCACUGGCCCUUCUCAGUAAGGACCACUUCUGUCUGUGCUUCCUGGAGACCGAGGAGAGAGUUGGCACAGCCUUCGGACGGCCGGGUGACCACACCUAGGCCGUGUGCACAGCCGGGUCCUGGUGAGACCGAGGCAGGACGGCUGGCAUGUGCCGGCUGCAGAGAAGGGAUGGGCUUCCCUGGGUGCUGCUCCAGCCACGGUGGCCCACAGGAAACGAUUUGCUGUUAUUUUUCUAUAGCAUUUUUGUAAAUAUGUAUGGUAAUAAUUUUUAUUUAAAGUAAGUAUUUCCUAAUUCAUAAAAUGGCUGAUGGCUUGCGUCCAUGAAAGGUUUGGUUAUGGGAAGGACUCCUUGUCUCAGGUUUUGGGGUCACUAACAGGAAGGAACUGACCCCGUUUCUCCCUCAGGUGGACACCUGCUCUGCUCUGGGGCCCCAAUUCCCCAUCACUGGGUGGUGUUUCUGGGGAACGGGCUUGGGCUUCACAUGGGCCGUGUUCUGGAGUGCAGGGAGGGGAGCCCUGAGCACUGGAAGGGCGGUGCCACAGGGGGAGGCAGGGAACGCAGGCCCCAGGGCCUCUGGGUCACGGUCAGGUCUGCAGAGAGUCCCCCCUGGCCUUCUGUCCACAGCAGUUCCCGCCACCUCUCAGUCCAGGUGCGUCUGACGGCGGCCAGGACGGAGAAGCCCCAGUGCAGGAAGCAGGCUUCCAAACCUGGGUUCGUCAGCCCAGCUAAAGGCUCAAGG